AUGAAAGUGGAGAGGAUAGAGUGUGAAAUCCGCCAGCUAGAACUGUUCAUAAAUGUUUUAAUUUUCAGGAAAGACUUGGACUGGGGUUUGUUGGCUUUGGAUGCUGUACGUGGACGAAAGGUAGUGGACGACUCCCUAUUUUUGUCUCUAACAAGUUUUGGAUCUCACACCCUGCAUCAUUUGUUGCCAACAAUUGAUAACGCUUAUCUGCCUCUCUGCAAGGAUGCUUAUCGUGAAACUUGCGAGGAGUUCGGUUUGAAUCUUGAUGACAGUAUGACUCAGUGGGAACAUGUCAAGGGUCAAUUUCAUCAACUGGUUCGACUAGAAUCCAAAUAUAAUUCUAGAUAAAUUUCUUUGUAUCAUUUUAUUCAGUAGCUGUUACUAUAGCUGUAUAGAUUCGUCUAAAAAUGUAGACGAAACAUAUUUUAAAGAACAAUUAAAUUUGAAAAUUAAAUCUAGGAAGAAUCGUGUACGUUACUCGAAUUUUUGACCCAGUGCAGUAGCACUUUAUGAUUCGGGCCCCAGAGAUAGAAUCAUUCAAUAUGCAUGUAUCGAGAUAGGACCUUCUUAUUUGAACACGUCGAUUUAUGUACGUUUGAGUCUUUUAGUAAUGUAUCAUCAUACUUUCUAACUAGGGAGCGAUUUUGUGUUUACGAAUAUUUCCAAUGUAAUUAU